GGCAACCGGCGGGAGUUUUUCAAAAUGGAAGCGCGGAAGCGCCGCCCAGGCCUCGGAAGGUGCCCGGGAGACCUUUCCGUGGCUGUGCUGUUGUCGCCGGGAGCGGCGGCCUAGACAGCCAAGCCUGAUGGGCGCCAACACCCGCUUGCUGCUUGGAGCGCUGUCUCGAAAGGACUGUGUGAAGGGAGCUAAUCCGGGGAGCACUGGCCGGUGCCUGGAAAUAUGGCGACCUGCAUCGGGGAGAAGAUCGAGGAUUUUAAAGUUGGAAAUCUGCUUGGUAAAGGAUCAUUUGCUGGUGUCUACAGAGCUGAGUCCAUUCACACUGGUUUGGAAGUUGCAAUCAAAAUGAUAGAUAAGAAAGCCAUGUGCAAAGCUGGAAUGGUACAGAGAGUUCAAAAUGAGGUGAAAAUACAUUGCCAAUUGAAACACCCUUCUAUCUUGGAGCUGUAUAACUAUUUUGAAGAUAACAAUUAUGUGUACCUAGUAUUAGAAAUGUGUCAUAAUGGAGAAAUGAACAGGUAUCUGAAAAACAGAAGAAAACCAUUCUCAGAAAACGAAGCUCGACACUUCAUGCACCAGAUCAUCACAGGAAUGUUGUAUCUCCAUUCUCAUGGUAUAUUACACCGGGACCUCACACUUUCUAACCUCUUACUUACACGCAAUAUGAACAUCAAGAUUGCCGAUUUCGGGCUGGCAACUCAGUUGAAAAUGCCACAUGAGAAGCACUAUACUUUAUGUGGAACUCCUAAUUACAUUUCUCCAGAAAUUGCAACUCGAAGUGCACAUGGACUUGAAUCUGAUAUUUGGUCCUUGGGCUGUAUGUUUUAUACCCUGCUAAUUGGGAGACCACCUUUUGACACCGACACAGUCAAGAACACAUUAAAUAAAGUAGUAUUGGCAGAUUAUGAAAUGCCAACUUUUUUGUCAAGAGAGGCCAAGGACCUUAUUCACCAGUUACUUCGUAGAAAUCCAGCAGAUCGUUUAAGUCUGUCUUCAGUAUUAGACCAUCCUUUUAUGUCCCGAAAUGCUUCAACAAAAAGUAAAGAUUCAGGAACUGUAGAAGACUCAAUUGAUAGUGGACAUGCCACGAUUUCUACUGCGAUCACGGCUUCUUCCAGUACCAGUAUAAGUGGUAGUUUAUUUGACAGAAGACGACUUUUGAUUGAUCAGCCACUCCCAAAUAAAAUGACUGUAUUUCCAAAGAAUAAAAAUUCAAGUGAUUUUUCUCCUUCAGGAGAUGGAAGCAGCUUUUAUAAUCAGUGGGGAAAUCAAGAACAAGAAACCAGUAAUAGUGGAAGGGGAAGAGUAAUCCAAGAGGCAGAAGAGAGGCCGCAUUCUCGAUACCUUCGUAGAGCCCAUUCGUCUGAUAGAUCUGGUCAGUCUCGAGCAAAAACGUAUACAGUGGAACGAUGUCACUCAGCGGAUAUGCUUUCAAAAUCCAAAAGAUCAAAAGUAGAUGAAAAUGAAGAAAGAUACUUACCCACAAACAGCAAUGCUAAUAUUUUUCACUUCUUUAAAGAAAAGACAUCCAAUAGUUCUGGAUCUUUUGAAAGACCUGAUAACAAUCAAGCACUCUCCAGUCAUCUUUGUCCAGAAAAAACUCCUUUUCCAUUUCCAGACCAGACAGCUCAGACUGAAAUGGUGCAACAAUGGUUUGGGAAUCUGCAAAUAAAUGAUCCUUUUUCUGAGCAAAACAAGACUAGGGGCGUGGAGCCACCAUCGGAUUAUCAGAAACAUACAUUACGAAGCAUUACAUCUCCUUUGACUGCUUACAGGUUAAAACCAAUCAGACAGAAAACCAAAAAGGCUGUGGUGAGCAUCCUUGAUUCAGAGGAGGUAUGUGUGGAGCUUCUAAAGGAGUAUGCAUCUCAAGAAUAUGUGAAAGAAGUUCUUCAAAUAUCUAGUGAUGGAAAUAUGAUCACUAUUUAUUAUCCAAAUGAUGGAAGAGGUUUUCCUCUUGCUGAUAGACCGCCCUUACCUACUGACAACAUCAGUAGGUACAGUUUUGACAAUUUACCAGAAAAGUACUGGCGAAAAUAUCAAUAUGCUUCCAGAUUUGUACAGCUUGUAAGAUCUAAAUCUCCCAAAAUCACUUAUUUCACAAGAUAUGCUAAAUGUGUUUUGAUGGAGAAUUCCCCUGGUGCUGAUUUUGAGGUUUGGUUUUACGAUGGAGCAAAGAUACAUAAAACAGAAGAUUCAGUUCAGGUGAUCGAAAAAACUGGGAAAUCUUAUACCUUAAAAGGUGAAAGUGAAGUUAAUAGCUUAAAAGAGGAAAUGAAAAUGUAUAUGGACCAUGCUAAUGAGGGCCACCGUAUUUGUUUAGCGUUGGAAUGCAUCAUUUCAGAAGAGGAAAAGAAAAGUGGAAAUGCUCCCUUUUUCCCAAUAAUCAUAGGAAGAAAACCUAGUAGUACUAGUUCACCUAAGACUUUAUCGCCUCCUCCUUCUGUGGAUCCAAACUACCUGAUGAGAGAUACACCAUCUUCAAAUAUAAUCAUUAAGAGUGCUGCUACUCUGAAACAGGCACCCAUACUCAAUCCUUCUAUGGUUACAAAUGAAGGACUUGGCCUUACAGGUGCAGCUUCUGGAACAAACAUCUCUUCUAGUAGUCUAAAAGAUUGUCUCCCUAAAUCAGCACAACUUUUGAAGUCUGUUUUUGUGAAAAACGUUGGUUGGGCUACACAGUUAACUAGUGGAGCUGUGUGGGUUCAGUUUAAUGAUGGGUCCCAGUUGGUCGUGCAGGCAGGAGUGUCUUCUAUUAGUUAUACAUCACCAAAUGGUCAGACAACUAGGUAUGGAGAAAAUGAAAAAUUACCAGAAUACAUCAAACAGAAAUUACAGUGUCUCUCAUCCAUCCUUUUGAUGUUUUCUAAUCCAGCUCCUAGUUUUCAUUGAUUAAAGCUCCUUCUAGAUAUAUAAGUUUAAUAAAUAACAUUUUUGUUGGCUUUCAAGUAAAGUGACUUCUUUUUAUUUUAAAAAAUUUCUUUAGAAAGCCUUUCCAUAAAAGAUAAUUUUAAUCUAUAUCAUAUAGAUGUAUUCUAAUGAGAGAACAAAGCAGGAAAAACUUGAGUCACUUAAAAAAUGUAGUAGUUAUAAGUUAAAAUAGGACACCUAACUUUGCUCUUAGAACAUAUACUCUCAAAAUUACUGUGCUCAUAUAUCUGUAUUGAAUAACCUUUUAAAGCAAAAGUAGAAAUAGUUUGUGGUAUGUUUUUGCUUUUUUGUUUUCCCUACUUCCUAGACAUGUUAAGAAUCAUGGACAAAACAUGCUGGAGUUUUUGAAUUUUGAACGUGUAAAUGAUGUAUAUUUAUGUUAUAAGUAACAUAUGUAAACGUGUAUAUAUGUUUUAUAUUUAUUUUUGUAGCACCAGUUUCUGAUGAAACAUUUCUGCAAAUGCAUUUUAUAAAAAAUAAUAAAUA